CGCUGUCUGUAGGAGCCAAGUAUCAAGAAUAGCUGAAGACAUCCCCUCCAGCGAAGAUUGUAAUACAGACUAAAAUCACUAAAAUCAUAACUCUUUAACUUAAAAAAAGGUCAGGCAUUCAAUAUAUCAAUAUGCAGGCGGAGAAUGAUUCUUAUAAUGGGACUAUGUUUGACUUUGGCAAUCCUGUCUUGAAGCAAACUGUGCCGAUCAUAGCUGUGUUUGUGAUUUCUUACUUCGUCGUGUUUGCCAUGUGUGUGGUCGGAAACGUGCUGGUCUGCUUCGUGGUCCUGAAGAUCCCCCGCAUGCGGAACGUCACAAACUUCUUCAUCCUCAACCUGUCUGUCAGCGACCUGUUGGUGGCCGUCUUCUGCAUGCCCUUCACCCUCGUGGACAACAUCAUUAGAGGAUGGCCGUUCGGGAACGUGAUGUGUAAGCUGACUCCUGCAGUUCAAGUUGUCUCGGUGACUGCCUCUGUCUUCACACUCGUCGCCAUUGCGUUGGACAGAUACUACGCAAUCAUCUACCCAACUGAACCGAAGUUCACCAUCAAACGCACCAUGUACGUGAUUGCUGGCGUUUGGAUCCUGGCUAUUAUUGUGGCAAUACCACAGGUCCUUCUAAUCCAGGACGGCCGUUUCCCCCGCGAGGGAGACGUCAUUUACCUCCACAUUUGCGAGGAGCCGUAUCCCUACUGGCGCAAGGCUUACACCACUGUACUGUUCGGCCUAUGCUACAUCUGCCCCCUCAUGGUCAUCAUGUACCUGUACGCACGCAUCGGCUACAGCGUGUGGAUAAAGCCUACCCCGGGCGGCGACAAGGCAAGUAAGGAAGCCAAAUCCCUGGCCAUGAGCAAGAAGAUGAGAGUCAUCAAGAUGUUGGUAACGGUAGUGAUCCUGUUUACCAUCUCCUGGCUGCCCAUCCACGUCAUCACCAUGAUUAACGACUACGCCACCCUGUCAGAUGGCCGGCGGGACAUCAUCUAUGUCUACAUCUAUCCCGUCGCCCAUUGGCUGAUCUACUUCAACAGCUCGGUCAACCCGAUCAUCUACGGGUACUUCAACCAGAAUUUCCGGGUAGCCUUCAAGACCCUGCUGCUGACUCGGCGAGGAGUUGGUGCUCUGCAAGCAGACAUGAGCAACGCCAACGGAGCCCAUACCGCCCGGCAUUCCAGAAGCCCCAACCCCCGUUCGGCAUCACGAAGCCCACGCCCAGUAGCCUCUCCGAUGCCGCGGAGUCCAAUGGUCGACACUCAGAUCAAAAGUCUUCCCGAUGUUAACUAAACCAUUGCUGAUUUGAGUAACAACACAAUCAUAUUUGAUGGUUACAUAGACAUGUAUGAUGGUUUUAUAACCAAGUAUGACGGUUACACAACCAUGAUGGUUUUCAUAAAGUGUUUGACAGUUGCGUAUGCACCUGUUUUGCCCUCCUUAUAAACAAAUAGACUGUGAGAUCACAUGCGACAUGGACCAUGUAUGAGCACAUUAAACACUUUUCUAUUAUACCAUCCAAUACCUAAUGGUUAAAUCAUAAGAAUCAUAGAAAACCUGAACAUGUCAUUAAACAUUUUGGAAAAUUUUUGAACAAGCAACAGCUAAUAGCAGGACAUUAUAAUCUAGCAGACAUGACUGGGAAAACAAAAAAGUUACAAAAACUUAGAAGUGUCACAUGGUAUAAUUGAUGAUACGAUAAUUAUGUUUUUUUAAAUCAUGUAAGAUACGUUUUUUGCCAGGUUCCAGAAAAUAUGAUCCAAGACAAUUCAAAGCCCUAAAUAAUACUUUUAGACACCAAAGAAGACCUAAUACAUGUAGAUACAAAUUUUUCUUUUGGGAAUAAUGCCAUAUGAACUACGAUUGCUGAGAAACAUACAUAUUACAGAGGGUAAGGAAUAUUGAAUCAUAUAAUGACGAAAAAAUCAUACUCUAAAUUGUGUAAAUAGCUAACUAAGCCCCCAAUGAAUGGGUGUAUACAUCUUCUGUUAAUGCUUUCUUCGACAUUUGUAACAUAUUGUACAAAGUAAUAAGUCAUUCAAGGAGUAGGUUAUAUAAUUUAGGUGGAUAACCAAGUGAUAAAUGGCCAAAUAGAACUAUAAUGACCAAUGGGGAAAUAGAUGUUUCCUUAUACUUUUACUAUUGGUCAAAACUAGUAUAUAAAUGAUAGCCAGUAAUGUAUGUAGUUUUGGAUUAGUUUACGUACGUAUACCUCGUAGGUAGAUUAUGUCUAUGAGAAAUUACUACAUCUAACUUAUAUAUACAUAAAGAUAAUACCUCUACAUUGAGAACACUUGGGCAGCAAGACCGCAGAUACACCAAUGUUUCGUGUCAUAUAAAUAAACUAUCAUAUGCAGAUGAAUAUUAUGAUAGCUACGUAUGAUUACAAAAUGGUAAUGUACAAAAUGUAAGAUAGAUGUGCCUUCAAAACUUGAGCAUGAAGUAGUUUGUGUCAUCUAUUGUAAAGAACAAUUAUAUGUAAAACCGAACUGAACAUGAUCAAGAACAAGUAGAUUAUGUAGGACAGACCUCCAGUACAUAUGACUGUGUACUGACUGGCAGAUGC